CAGCCGCCGCUGUCACUCCGCGCCCCGGCACCGCCCCGCCGAGGGGAGCGGGGCGGAGGGAGCGCGGCCCGGCGGCUGUCCCGAUCAAUGGGGAAGGCGGGCUGCAGCGCGGCGCCCGGCUGCUGGGCGCUGACUUUAGGGAAGCUGGAAACGUAGGGUGCUGAUGGGACACCUCUGGCACCUUCCCCAUCUGCAGCACCACUCCCAGAAUAGUAGCAGCAGCAGAAACGCUGGGACGGGAUGUGUGUAGAGAUGACCGGCUCUGGGGAUUUGAUUGUCAGUUGCUGCUUGUGGCUUUUGAAAACGGCAGUUUUGUCAUGAGGAUACAUGAAGAUAUUUUUCUUUUCUACUAAUUGCAGUGCUGUUUUUGUGGGAAGAGGAGACUGUCUAGGACUGCCAAGUCUACUUCCAGAUUCCGGGGGAUUUUGUACUGAUACGAAACUCAGCGUGGUCCUUUGAGUAGCCCCUACCACUUUUACCUGAGAGAGGAGAACGGAGCCAUUGGAGAAGAGACUUAAGCUGGUACUGCAAUGCUGAGCCUUCCUUUGAAGAAGAGACUCUGUUUCCUGCUGAAACUUGUGUGUUUUGUCAGCUCCGUGUUAAUAUUUUGUGAAUUUUUGAUUUACUAUGUGGUAAUUUUUCAAUGUCAAUGGCCAGAAGUGGAAGUUGGAGCUCACGCGGGUAAAAAAGCGACUUCAGUCCUAAAGGCCAUGUUUUUAGCUGAUACGCACCUACUUGGUGAAAUCAAAGGACACUGGCUGGAUAAGCUAAGAAGGGAAUGGCAAAUGGAGAGAUCAUUCCAAACUGCUGUGUGGUUACUGCAACCAGAUAUUGUUUUUAUUCUGGGAGACAUCUUUGAUGAAGGAAAAUGGAGCUCACCUCAGGCUUGGGCAGAUGAUGUCAGGAGAUUUCGGAAAAUGUUUAAGUACCCGAUUUCUACUGAGCUCGUGGUUGUAGUCGGGAAUCAUGACAUUGGAUUUCACUAUGAGAUGACAGCUUACAAGGUAAAUCGAUUUGAAAAGGUUUUCAACUUUACUUCAGGAAAGCUAAUAACUCGAAAAGGAAUAAACUUUGUCCUGGUGAACAGUGUGGCCAUGGAGGGCGAUGGCUGCGCUCUCUGCCGUACCGCAGAGGCAAAGCUUGUGGCGCUUUCUCACAAACUGAAUUGCUCCCAGCAGAAACCGAAUCAUUCCAACAAAAGGUGCAGUGAUGUGGAAAAGCUUCCAGCCUCAGAACCCAUCCUUUUACAGCAUUACCCUCUCUAUCGGAGCAGCGAUGCUGAAUGCAGCGGAGAAGAUUCUGCUCCUCCAGAGGAGAAGAACAUCCCCUUUAAAGAGAAGUAUGAUGUGCUGUCUCAAGAAGCAUCACAAAAGCUGAUGUGGUGGUUUCAUCCCCGUUUGAUUCUCAGUGGGCACACACAUAGUGCUUGUGAAGUGCUACACGCAGGGAAAAUUCCAGAAAUCAGCGUCCCGUCAUUCAGUUGGAGGAAUAGAAACAAUCCUAGUUUCGUCAUGGGCAGCAUAACACCAACCGACUUCUCCCUCCAAAAAUGCUUCCUUCCGUAUGAGAGCAGAGUCUUUACUAUCUACUGGGCAGCAGGUGCUCUGCUUGUAAUCCUGGUACUAGCUCGUUUUCAGCUUCUCACUCCACCAUUUUAUUUUGCUCAGCGUUUAAUCAGUAAGCAUAAAGCAGUAUGAAGAGCCAGACAUCUGCAUUCAGUCACUGAAAUACCAAAGCUGAGAACAGUCAAACAUCAGACUAUAUUCAUGCCAGCAAAUGACCUAAUUUGAUUGCUAGUCUGAAGGCAGGUUGCAUUUACACAUACCAUAGAAGUCCUAUACAGCUGAUAUGACUACUACAGGAUAAAUAAUUAACUGAAAUGACCGUUUCAUGCUGUACAAAAAUACUGUAUUCUACAAUCAAAUGAGUCCUUUUCCUGCUAUAAUUUUUGUAUCAAAUAUGUAUAUUAAAAGUGUAACUGUACAUUAUGUAAA